AUUAUUACAAUUUAGGAAAAUUAUAAAAAUGACGCAAGAACAGAGUUCCCUGUUGCACAACGCUAUCAUCUCAGAGAUACCUAGCACUGCGUAUUACAUACCGAAUUUUAUUACUGAGGAAGAAGAGAGGCAAAUCAUAAAAUGCGUGAACAGUGUACCGCAACCAAAAUGGACGCAAUUAAGUCACCGCAGAUUACAGAAUUGGGGUGGUAUACCACAUCCCAAAGGGAUGAUAGCGGAAGCGAUUCCUGAUUGGCUUCAGAAAUAUAUUGAUAAAGUGACAACUUUGAAUGUCUUUGAAAAAGGAGUAUUGCCUAAUCACGUUUUAAUUAACGAAUAUUUAUCUGGACAAGGAAUAAUGGCACACUCGGAUGGUCCACUUUUUUAUCCUGUUGUAACUACUAUCAGUUGUGGUUCUCAUACAAUCCUUGACUUUUACAAACGACUUGAAAUGACAGAGCAACAACAAUGCAAGUUAGAAUUUAGUUUACUACUAGAACGUAGAAGUCUAUUAAUUCUACAAAAGGAUUUGUACUAUAAUUAUUUACAUUCUAUAGCAGAAAGAGAUGCAGAUAGCAUAUCAGAAUCUUCGAUAAAGAAUCUACAUAUGUGUGCAAAAAAGUUUACAGAAGAGGAAGUAAUAAAACGUGAUACUAGAUUAUCUUUAACUAUUAGGCAUGUGCCAAAAACUAGCAAAUUGAAAUUAAAAUUUUUUUGAUAUAUAUGUAUAUCAUUAAAAUUUCGA